UUUUAAGUGAACUAUUGGUUUAAUAUACAUUUAUAUUUUCAAUUUUCUUUUAUUGCAUUCGACAGACACUUGUACAUUGCAUGAUUUACAGUGAUAGACACAGCAGUUAACAUUGCAUUUAAAGUACACAUUUACAUUUGAUCGAUUCUUCUUUUCAGUUCCAAUUUUACAGUUAACAGUUGAUUAAUUUAUAAUUUUACAGUUAAUUUUUAAUUUAUUUAUUUUGUUUUAAGGAUGUUUAAAUAUUUUUAGUGGAAAAAAAGACAAAAUACUGAUGAUUUGUACACUAAAGCCUCUCUUAGAAGAGUGAUUCUGAAUUGCUCAAGAACAGAGGAGUCAGUGUUUAGUGUUCAUGUUCAGGUCUCAGUGGCCGAAUAUAAGGGGCCUUAUAGAGAGAGCGCUGAAGUGUUCUGCUCCUGCUGCGUUCCAGCCAUGCACUUCUGUCCCGGUCGUUCAUUCAGCUCAAAUCCCACUGCAUGCUUUGAUCCUACACACCCUCAGCACAGCAAAGGAAAGCCCCCUUUAUCAUCUUCCUGCCAGCCCAACCAACAAUGCGUGGAAGUGAGUCAAACCUAUUUUAACUGGUCCUGGUCUCUGAGCCUCCUGCCAUUACAUGCUCACCAGAAAAAGAUCCUCGCAGACGACGUUCAGUCCUGGCUGGUGCUUUCUGGGAUCAGGUGGCAUGCCAUGGCGGGCUUCUGCGUGUCUAUCCAAGACUCGCACAGUGCAACUCUACCUCUCGUGCCGCUGUGUUCCAUCGUUGUGGUUCCUCUGACCGGAGGAGGAGGCGGAGGAAGAAUGCGGGGUGAUGCAACACUGGUGUGCUCUGCGACUGUCACAGGAGAAUCAAUCUAUCGCCGUGGAGCUAGACGAUGGAGGAAGCUGUACCGGGUGAACGGGCACCUCUUCCAGGCCAAGCGCUUUAACAGGAAAGCAUACUGUGGCCACUGCAGCGAGAGGAUAUGGGGACUGGGGCGUCAGGGCUACAAGUGUAUCAACUGCAAGCUACUGGUCCAUAAACGCUGUCACAAGCUCGUCCCACUGACCUGUCAAAGGCAUAUGGAUCCAGUCAUGCCAUCGCAGGAGCCGUUGGUAGACGAUGAUAGAAGUGGAGAGGAAGUGGAGCUCCCCCUUGAGGACCCUGAGGAAACAAACGCAAUUCCAGUCCCUUUUUUAGGACACAACAGGAAAGUAGAGAAAGCUGAAGAUGACGCAGAGGACCUGAAGGCAGUGGUGGAUGGUAUCGAAGGGAUUCAGAUCUCUCAGGGUCUCGGACUGGGGGACUUUGACCUGAUCCGGGUGAUUGGGAGGGGCAGUUACGCCAAGGUGCUGCUGGUCCGACUCAAGAAGAACGAACAGAUUUAUGCCAUGAAGGUGGUGAAGAAAGAGCUUGUCCAUGAUGAUGAGGAUAUUGACUGGGUCCAGACAGAAAAACACGUGUUUGAACAAGCAUCAACCAAUCCAUUCUUAGUGGGACUUCACUCUUGCUUCCAGACAGAGAGCCGGCUGUUUCUAGUGAUCGAGUAUGUGAAUGGAGGAGAUCUCAUGUUCCAUAUGCAGAGGCAGCGGAAGCUUCCGGAGGAACAUGCCAGAUUUUAUGCUGCUGAAAUUUGCAUCGCUCUUAAUUUUCUGCAUGAGAAGGGAAUUAUUUACCGGGAUUUAAAACUGGACAAUGUACUAUUGGACCAGGAUGGCCAUAUCAAAAUUACAGACUAUGGCAUGUGCAAGGAGGGAAUCAGACCAGGUGACACCACCAGCACAUUCUGUGGGACGCCCAACUACAUCGCCCCAGAGAUCCUGAGGGGAGAGGAUUACGGCUUCAGUGUAGACUGGUGGGCCCUGGGCGUGCUUAUGUUUGAAAUGAUGGCAGGCCGAUCUCCUUUCGACAUCAUCACUGACAAUCCUGAUAUGAACACAGAGGAAUAUCUCUUCCAGGUAAUUUUGGAGAAGCCGAUACGGAUUCCCAGGUCACUGUCUGUUAAGGCUGCGAGUGUAUUGAAAGGCUUUCUGAAUAAGGACCCCAAAGAGAGGCUGGGAUGCCAAGUUCAGACCGGAUUCACAGACAUUAAGUCUCAUACGUUCUUCAGAAGCAUAGACUGGGACCAGCUGGAACAGAAGCAGGUGACGCCACCGUUCAAACCUCAGAUCACAGACGACUACGGUUUAGACAACUUUGACACGCAGUUCACCAACGAACCCGUGCAGCUAACACCAGACGAUGAGGAUGUGAUAAAGAGAAUAGACCAGUCUGAGUUUGAGGGAUUCGAGUACAUUAAUCCUCUGCUGCUCUCCACUGAAGAAACCGUAUGAGGGAAGAACAAUACGGCUGAUGUUUCUCUGCCUGCGGCUCCACAAGACUACUACAGCUGAGUUUAGCUCAGACUGUGUUCACAGAUUUGAUCUUCUCCUUAAAACUGUGUUCAAGACAAAAAGCAACACUAAGACUUCACGUUUUGGACCCUCCUUAAGUUAUUUUGGGGUUAUACUGGAAGAAGAAAUAACUGGAGCAACUAUUCCCUUAAAUUUCAACUGUUGAUUGUCUUCCUGCUUCCCAGCAUCCUCUUUCAUUUUUACGCCCAUGCGUCCGUGUGCACUGUUAACUGGGACUGAAGUUAGUUCCUUCAGUGUGUGCCUGCAUCCAUCAGACUACAUUUCCCACCAACCCUUGCUAAAUAUGACAGUUCUAACUUAAUGUUGACUUUUAUUUUGUUUGAGUUGUUUUUUUGUUUUUUUUUUAUUUUCUUAAAUCUUGUAUGAGGCUUGUCCUCAAGCGAAACAAGAAUGUAUAAUUUUUAAAGCUAAAAAAAAAAAAGGUUGUAUUAUAGUGUAGGUAGCCAAACAAAGAAUUUAUGAUGCCUUCUAUGAUGCAAAGUGGCACAUUUUAAUUCAUGAUCAUGAUGGUUUCAUCCACAGUGGGUAGUUGUGCUUCAAGCCACAGGCUUUUAACCACCCAUGUUGGUUUUAAAUGGGAGAUAAAAUGUGUUUUUUGAAGAAGUGCCUCAAAGAUCCAAAAUUCACCAUGCUCCAAACUGCUCUGAACUCCACAUUAGAUUGGAGUUGAUUUUCAAUGCACCAUCCACUGAGAAAGUGGGCUGCAGGUGUUAUUAUAUAUAUAUAUAUAUAUAAAACAUAAAACAUAGACACACUAAUACAGAUGUUGAAAACAAAACAUGAAGAUUAGACACUGAAUGAUCACAAAGCCCAAAUACAUCUGAAAAGAAGUAAUAUUACCAACCUUAGCUCAUUGGGAAAAAAAUAUUCCUCUAUCCAUAUUUUUGCAAAAC